UUUCGCGGUGGCUAGUCGGUGAAUAGUCGCGUCGAAAGAAAUUUGCAAAAAGAUAGUCCAAUAAAUAUAUGCUCACAACUAGUUAAGUGACAUGUUAAAGUUUGGAAUACAAUAUAGUUCGGAAAACAAUACAAAAUUAAGCUAAAAAGUUAAAAUUAGAAAAUGUUUUAAUCUCUUGAAACUACCAACUGAUUCUUAUGACACUGAUAAUAAAAAAAAAGUUUCAACUUAAUUAGUUAACAUUUUUCUUUUUUGUGUGAAUAUUAAAACAAGCAAGCUGCAAUUGCAUGACAAUUUUUUUGGCAAAUAAAAUAAAACCAAAAUUCAAUUUAUAUCAUCAACAUGGCUGUAAUUAUACAUGAUCUCGUGAAGUGGUAUAAAUAUAUUAAUGAAGAUUUGGCGGAUCCACGUAACAACGAUCGUUUCAUGCUGAGCUCACCAUGGCCUGGUCUGACUCUUCUUGGAUUUUAUAUAUAUUUUGUACAUAAUCUUGGACCAAGAUUUAUGGCAAAAAGACAACCUUUCAAAUUGGACAGAAUAUUACAAUUACAUAAUACUUUUCAAGUUCUAAUAAAUGCAUACAUGUUUUACAAAGCCUUAGAUUUGGGAUGGUUACGCGAUUAUAGUUAUUUUUGUCAGCCCAUCGAUUUUUCGAACACACCAACAGCCACAACGAUCGCCAAAAUAGUUUGGAUAUAUUUUCUGAUCAAGCUACUGGAUUUGUUAGACACAAUUUUUUUUGUAUUGAGGAAAAAACAGAAUCAAGUGAGUUUUCUUCAUGUAUAUCACCACACUGGUAUGGUAAUGUGUUCUUGGGGUGCCGCAAAAUAUUUACCUGGUGGUCAUGUGACCUUUUUAGGAUUACUCAAUACAUUUGUUCAUAUGAUAAUGUACACGCAUUAUCUGUUGACAUCCAUGAAGAUCAAUACAAACUCAUGGAAGAAAUACAUCACACAACUGCAAUUGGUGCAAUUUUUCCUAAUCGGCUUGCAUUACAUGCAAUUAUUCUGGGUUAAAGAUUGUGGCUUUCCGUUAUGGCCGGCAUAUAUAAUGAUACCACAGAAUUUUUUCAUGAUGAUAUUAUUUGGAGAAUUUUAUUAUAAAACUUAUAUCAAGAAAAAACCGGCAAAAAUGGUACCAACAAAAACGGAAGCAAACGGCGUCUCCGCCAAAAUUUCAAACGGAAAAACAAAAAAAUUAUAAAUUUAGACGAUAAUGUUGAAUAUUUUUGGUAUUCAUACAAAUAUUAUCAAAAUUAAUUUUUAAUUAAAAUAUAAAUAUUAAUUAAUUUCAACUUUUACGAUAGUUGUCAUUUUUCGUUCGUGUCAGAUGAAUUGAAACGAUCUUUCAUGUUUUGGACAUUUAAUGAUAAAGCGAGCAAAAUAUCAAACCAAAAUACCAUUUUGUUUUUAAACUUUUAUUUUAUACUUCUAUUUUAGACUGUGAUUAAAUUUUCCAAAUAGUCGGAAGUAACAAAAAUAAAAAUAAUAGAAAAACACUUUGCGAUAGCUACAAGUAUAUAGAAUAACUUGAUAUUAUUAAAAACGGUAUAACUGUUUAAACAUCAUGUAUCGCCAACAAAUAAUUAUAAAAAUAAAACAAACUUUAAGAAUUCCGUACAAGCUGAUUUAGUAUUCAAGUAAAGAUAUAUGAAUGAUAGAUUUUUAUUGAAUUAACUAGCUAAACAAAUGAUGUUUAUAUUAAUUUGAUAAAAUGUAACAUUUAAUUUUUAGGAAAUAGAUAUGUCUUUAUCGAAAACUUAACGGUUUCGACAUCUUUUCUCAAUUCUUCUUUUUCUUUUUGUUUUUAAGUAUCUCUCUUAAACAGUCAUAUUUUAAUGAAUUAAUUAUUAAUUUUUAUAUCUAAUAUACAAUUGUUAUAAGAAGUAUUCAAAAGAAAACAAAACAUAAUGCAGUCAAUAUUUAAAGUUUGGGGUUGCUUUUCUACAAAAUUAGCUACGUUUGCAAUUUUUACAUAUAAUAUCAUUAAUUAAAGUUAAUUAAAAUCUUAAAAUUAUAAUACUUCAAAUUAUGUUCCUACAUUUUUUGAUUAUAGACUUUAUCAUGCACAUCCUACAGCAAUAAUAUCAUAUAAUUUUGGAUUAAAAUAACUUUUAUACGUACAAAAAUAUUUCAGAUAAUACGAGCAGUAAAAAUGUAUUACAUCCAUCUCAUACAAAAAUCUUACUAUUAUUUUUUUUUUUGCUCUUUUGCGAUAAAUACAUUUCGCGUUUUGUUUUAUUCAAACUCUUAGUUAAAGAGUUAAGAAACUCUUCAAUCCCACAUUCUACACUUAUUCAACUAUUUCAAUAUAAUAAAAAAAAAUAUUUUUAAUCUUUUAGAAUAUUAUACUUCAAAACUUGAAUUUUAAAAUACGGAAUGUUAAAGUUUGACGUUCAAUACAUAAGUUUCUAUGACAGGUUUUUAUUUUAGAUUUACACUAACUUUUAUUUCUACGUGAAUGAUAUUAACAUUUAUUACUGGAAAAUA